AAUCAGCUGCUUGUCCCAUCGCUCUCUUCCUGCAGCCACCCAGCAACAAUAAUAAAUAAUAAUAAAUUGAUUCAGUAGUAAUAAAUCAUCAAUAGUAAUGAUAAUGAAGGUGGAUUUUGAGGAGUGUCUGAAAGACUCGCCCCGUUUCCGGGCUGCGGUAGAAGAUGUAGAGGGUGACGUUGGAGAGCUGGAGUCUAAACUGGACAAGUUAGUUAAGCUGAGUAUCGGAAUGAUUGACGCCGGUCGAGUUUACAGUCACGCCAACAGACAGUUCAUUAGCGGGAUCCGAGAUUUGUCUCUGCAGUCCAGCAGAGAUGCCGUCAUCGGGUCCAGUUUAGCUGCUUUUGCUGAGACGCUGCAGGAGAUGAACAACUAUCACACAAUCUUAUUUGACCAGGCACAGCGAUCUGUGAGAUCUCAGCUUCAGACCUUCGUAAAAGAAGAUCUGAGGAAGUUUAAAGAGGUGAAGAAACAGUUAGAUAAAGCGAGUGAGGAGAAGUAAGUGGCAUUGGUGAAAAAUGCUCAGGUUCCCCGGAACAAGCCGCACGAAGUGGACGAGGCCGCCAACAUCCUCACCACGACCAGGAAGUGCUUCCGCCACAUCGCCCUCGACUACGUACUGCAGAUCAAUGUUCUUCAGUCCAAGAAAAGACUAGAGAUUCUCAAAUCGAUGCUGUCAUUCAUGAACUCCAAUCUGAGCUUCUUCCAGCAGGGAUACACACUGUUCAGUGAUCUAGAGCCACUGAUGAAGCAGAUCGGGGGACAGCUGGAUCAGCUAGUUGUCGACUCGGCAAAGGAGAAUAGAGACAUGGAACAGAAACACUCAGCUAUCCAGCAGCAGGCUGCACCACAGGACUUGUCCUCUGAGGACUGUGAGCAGCAGGUCAGUGUGGAUUGUGAGGAUGGAGUGAUGAUGGAAGGAUAUCUCUUCAAACGAGCCAGUAAUGCUUUCAAAACCUGGAACAGCCAUUAUUUCUCCAUUCAGCGCAACCAGCUUGUCUAUCAGAAGAGAUUCAGGAAUAACCUCACUGUAGUGGUUGAAGAUCUCCGUCUCUGCACGGAUAAACAGUGUGAGGAUGUGGAACGACGUUUCUGCUUUGAGGUCGUCUCUCCAAACAAGAGCUGCAUUCUGCAGGCUGACUCAGAGAAACUGCGACAGUUCUGGACCAAAGCUGUACAGAACAGCAUUGCUACAGCUUACAGAGAGAACGGAGAGGAACCUGUGACUCGGCUGCAGCGUGAGUCGUCAGCGUCUCUGGGCAGUCUGGACUCUCUGGGUGAGUGUCGCUCGGGUCGCACUGACACUCCUCUACACUGCCAGCUGUCAGUCAGAGGGAACCAGAACUGCUGUGACUGUGGGGGGAGGCAGCCUCGGUGGGCCAGCAUCAACCUGGGCAUCACGCUAUGCAUCGCCUGCUCCGGCAUCCACAGGAGUUUAGGAGUUCAUAACUCCAAGGUGAGAUCACUGACACUCGACUCAUGGGACCCAGAACUCCUGAAGCUGAUGUGUGAGCUGGGUAAUGAGCUGAUUAAUCAUAUCUAUGAGGCUCGCAGAGGAGAGAUGGGGUGGAAGAAACCCCAGCCUGGAGACCCCAGGCAGGAAAUCGAGGCCUAUAUCCGGGCCAAGUACGUGGAGAGGAGGUUUGUUAGAAAGCAAGACUCUCGGGAACAGAGGUCAAAGGUCAUGGUGCUGAGUAAACAUGACAAGCAUCUGAAAGGAAGCACAGAGUUCCUGAUCCCUCGCCCACCCCCUCCCACCCCUAAAAUCCGCCCUGCCUCCAACACCUCUGCGCCUCUCAUUGGGCAGGAGGCUCGACGUGACUCGCUCUUCUGCCCCGAUGAACUCGAUUCCCUCUUUUCCUACUUUGACACGUCUUCAAAGCUGCGGAGCUUGAAGAGUGCAGACAGUGGGAUUCACACCAGUGCUGAUGGUAGCAGAGAGAUGCUUAACUCAUCAUCUAACACCAGCCUGAGUGAACCCGAUCUUCAGGAGACAGAACCUCCGCAUGAGCCCCCACCCAUUCUUCCCCGUGCGACGGAGUGUUCCCCCAACCUGCUGCUGUACUGGGCCUCAUGUGCCUCCAGUUUAGCUGACAUGGUGGAGGCGCUAGCACUUGGUGCAGAUGUUAACUGGGCAAACACUGAGGAUCAGUGCCGUACACCACUGAUGCAGGCAGUACAAGGGGGUUCUUUACUCCCCUGUGAGUUCUUGCUGCAAAACUCAUCUAAUGUGGAUCAGCAGGAUGCACGAGGAAGAGGAGCACUGCACCACGCUGCCAUGCUGGGACACACUGGACAGGUUUGUUUGUUCCUGAAGCGUGGGGCCUGUCAGAGCGUCUCAGACAUGGAUGGCAGGAGUCCACUAUCCAUCGCCAUGGAUACCACCAAUGCUGACAUCGUCACCCUGCUGCGCAUGGCUAAGGUGAACGAGGAGAUGAGGGAGUCAUUGGAUCAGCCCACUCAAUACUUUCAGACUCACAGUCACUCGGAGCAGUACCGGAAGUGCAUCCAGGAGUUCAUCUCCCAACAGCUGGACGAGUGUUAACACACAAAUAUACACUGUAGGGAUAACCAACACAGCUGGACAGGUGCUACCACAUGACUAAACACCACAGAUAAUAACCAACACAGCUGGACAGGUGCUACCACAUGACUAAACACCACAGAUAAUAACCAACACAGCUUAAUUAACACCUCAGUUAACACCACAUCUGGACCUCAGUAUUACAGAAUGUUCCAGUCUACAGGACACAGUGUAUGUAAUGUUUGCAUUAGCCUGUUAGCAUGUUUGUGUUUACAAUACUGCAUCACUGCCACCUCAAUUGGUUUGAUGGUAAUAUGACAAAACCCCCAUAAUAUUGUUAGUGAAAAUUGUGGUUUUAGUACAAAUAAGGAGAGAGCUGUCCACCAGGGGGCACCGUUACUCUCGGUACAGGUGUUUUAUUUUUAAAUUUUAUUACCUGCCCUUUUAGUGGUAUUAAUUUACACACAGUAUCGUUUCCUGAAGUACUUUUCCAGCUCCGCCCACAAAUAUACCAGUAUUUUUUGUUAUGAAAACCUGCAAUCUGCAUCCACAAGGAAACUACAAUUUUGGUCACCUUAAAUGAUUUAUUCAAGGUGAUUUUGGACAGGAAAUCUAAUAAUUAGAUAAAAUCAUUAUUUUUUAUCUUAAAAUUACUCUUGAGGUGUUUUAUGAUGUACUCUCAGUCUGCUCAUGUGGUCAUGUGAUUGUUACUGUGUGAAUGGAGAGAAUAAGAGAAGUGACAGAUUUCAAAAAUGCUCAUGCUGUGGAUGAUCAUUUAAAAAAUACCAGUAUAGAUGUGGGCAAGGCUUCAGACUGCAGGUGAUAAAUGAUGUGAUUUCCCUCCACUCUAGUUUCAGUUUCACACUUUUAUAUCAGAAUAUAUGCUCCAAAUGACAUCUUUAUUAAGGCAAAACCAGACAUGUUAUCUUUAAAGGUGCUUCUCUGAGACCAAACACACAACAUCACACAACACACACUGAUUAUAAAAACACACAACAUUACAACACACACUGAUUAUAAAAACACACAACAUUACAACACACUGAUUAUAAAAACACACAUCACACACUGAUUAUAAAAACACACAAUAUUACAACACACACUGAUUAUAAAAACACACAACACACACUGAUUAUAAAAUCACACAGCAUUACAACACACACUGAUUAUAAAAACACACAACACACACUGAUUAUAAAAACACACAAUAUUACAACACACACUGAUUAUAAAAACACAUCACAACACACACUGAUUAUAAAAACACACAACAUUACAACACACACUGAUUAUAAAAACACAACACACACUGAUUAUAAAAUCACACAGCAUUACAACACACACUGAUUAUAAAAACACACAACACACACUGUUUAUAAAAUCACACAGCAUUACAACACACACUGAUUAUAAAAACACACAACAUUACAACACACACUGAUUAUAAAAACACACAACAUUACAACACACACUGAUUAUAAAAACACAUGUUAAUAUCAGAUAUAUCAGGAUGAUGACCCUGAAGCUCUCGUGAUGUUUUAUUACUACAUUUCUAAGCUGUAGGAGGACACAUGUUUCUUCAGAUGUGUCCUCAGGGCUCAUACAUUACCUCAGUGAAAAAAAAAAACAGAUUGUCAUUUUAAUGAGGGAUUUUAUAACUGAAUUUCAGCAUAUCCUUAAUUAUUAAUUACUGAGUCUUCCUUAAUUAUUCUUGCCUUUGACUGUAACAAACACACUGUGCAUACAUAUGGCAAGCCAUUUUAUCAUUACAGAUAUCAGCAACAUAUUUUUAACUAGUUGUAACUGCAUUCUGACCAGUCACAAUGACAGUUAGAGAUAUCUUUAAUUCCGUUUUAGCUAGUCACAAAGAAAGUUAGAGAUAUCUGGAAUUCAGAUUUAAAUAGUCAGAAGUGAGUUACGGAUAUCUGCAAUAACGUCACUGAAAACGAUAUUCAACAUCCUUAAUGACAAUUGCAGAUAUCUAUAAUUGAGUUUUGCAGAGGCAGGAUUAAAGUUAUAGAUAUCACAAACGUCAUUUUGACUCGUCAGUAUAGUUGUGCAUGACGUUGUUAAUGCAAGGCUUCCCAUUGGAUAUUCAGCCAGAAAACAAAUCAUUUGAGCCGGUUUACAAGUAACAGAAGAAAUGGCGGUUGCUGUUGUAGAUAAAAUAAUUAGAAGCCCCUCCCACCGAUAACAAGACCCUCCUCCUACUUGCAGUGACAUCAUUACAGAUGUCUGCAACAUCAUUUUGUCUAGUCAAAACUCUGUUUCAAGACUAGGAAGAAUGAAAGUUAAAGAUAUCUCUGAUUUGAGAUAUCUCUAAUCAAAAUUCAUUUGAAGAUAUCUAUAACUUGAUUACAGAUAUCUACAACUAAAUUAUGACUAUCCAUAAUUCGGGUUAGAGAUAUCUACAAUUUAAUUCUGACUAGUCACAAUUUCAGUUCAAGAUAUCUAUAAUCUAGUUUUGACUAGUUAAAAUUUAAUUUAAGAUAUCUUAAAAAGACAUUAUAGAUAUCUUUAAUUGAGGGGAGUUGAGGAUAUCUGGAACUGGAAUUGUGACUAGUCAGAAUUAAAUUGUAGAUAUCUCUAACCGGAAUUAUGGAUAGUCAUAAUUUAGUUGUAGAUAUCCACAUUUCACCUCGCGGAUAUCUACAACUGAAUUAAAUAUAUCUGUAAAGGGAAACUCCAUAGACAUGAAUGGGAAAAGUGACGUAAUUCGUCCUAGGAAGAAUGAAGUUGUGGAUAACUGAAAAGACAGUUGUGGAUAGGAGGAAUGCCAUUGUGGAUAUCUGAAAUUUUCAUUUUGACUAGGUAGAACUGAAUUACGGAUAUCUAUAAUACAUAUCCAGACUAGCCAUUAAAUGUUAAAACGGCUUGCCAUACAUACACACACACUGAAGCACAAGAGCUGGACAUGCAAUAUAUCAUACAAAAAAAAAUAAAAAAUGAGGCUUAAGGGUGGGAAAUUAGUUCAAGCUCAGUGCUGAUUGGUCAGCUGGUUGAUGAGGGUGUGAUGUAAUGUGCAGCUACACUGAGCUUGAUGCUGAUUGGUCAGCUGGUUGAUGAGGGUGUGAUGUAAUGUGCAGCUACACUGAGCUUGAUGAUGAUUGGUCAGCUGGCCGAUGAGGGUGUGAUGUAAUGCGCAACUACACUGAGGUUGAUGCUAAUUGGUCAGUUGGUUGAUGAGGGUGUGAUUAUAUGUGUUAUAUGUAAUGAAGUCUUUAAUAAUCUUGUAAUUAGUCAGAAUUCUGCACAGUUUAAAGGACGUCAUGUCUUAUACACUGCAUGAGAUUUUAGAACAGUAUCACACACUGUGUAUAACAUGCUACAUGCUAAGGCCUGAAACACACUUGACUCCGUGACACACACACACACACACACACACACACACACAUACACACAGGACUCUGUUACAAGACAGAAAGGCGUUCAUAUUGUGUUAUGAUUAUAUUUUAGGUGUGUUUCAGGCCUGAGUGUGAUUUGCUGUAUUUAAUCACUGAUAAAGCUGGAUUGUUGAAAUCUCUGGUUGUUAUAUAUUUAAUCCUGAAGGCACAUCAGUUUAAAUGUGUUUUUUUUACAUAUAUAUGUCAUUUGUUGAAAAUUUUUCACUGCAAACAGAAGAAGAGUAGAGGAGUAAAAUGUAGAGAUUUAAAUGACAGCCUGUUGUUUCUGUUACUGAAUGUAUACAGUGAAAUGUACAGCUUCUGUUUCCCACAAUGCACCAAGUGUGUGUACAUGUCACUGUAAUAUCAGCUAAUGUAAAUACUGUGACUGUAUUACUGUGUACUACACUGUCAGGGUGGUGAAUAAGCCCCGCCCACAUGUUCUGUAAUACACAUCAGACUUCACCCCUAACACCAAGACCCACCAGUUCAUAGACUAUCACAAGAGUUCAGGUUUUCAGAUGUUUUUUCCUGAUAUUAUACACAGAUGUACUAAACAACAUCAAAGGUAGACACUUUUAUAUAAGACCAUACUUAAAAGGAAUUGGAAACGGCUUGAAGUAAAAUAAAUAUCAUUAAAUACACAAAUAUUUGGUUGUAUAUUUGGUCACUUGGAGUCCAGGUCAAGCCAUAACACCACCUCCAUGUUUCACAGAUGAACUCAUCUGUUCUGAAUCAUGAGCAGAUCCUUUGUUUCUUUACACUUUGGUCUUUCCAUCACUUUGGUAACAGUUCAUCCCAGUUCCAGACUUGGAAAAAAAUACUAAUAAAAAUAUGAACUGGCUUCACCUGGUUGAAUGAUUUUAGGAAAUCACAACGCUCCAAGUACAACCACUUUAGGAACCUAGUAUCCAUAACUGUCCAACCAGAACAUCUAAAAGCAUCCAGGGAACCUUGUUCUAUGAGUUUCUCUUAUUAUUUUAUUUUCAGAACCAUCACUUAGAGAUGUUUACUUAGAGAGAGGAGUUUGGGGUGUAGUCUUAUUAUGGGUGAGGUUCUAGUGUUCGGGGUGAAGCGUACAUUGAAGCUACAAUUCACUUUUUAAAUACAAAUCUAAAAUGUUUUCUUGAUGUUAGAUUAUUCCAUUUUAUUAGUGUUGUUUAAUCACAUUAAUGUUAUUUCCUGUAUUUAUCUGUGUAUAUGUGGGAAAGAAGAACAGACUCUGAGGAACCUGUUACAUCUCAGAAGGUUCAGAGAAGGUUCUAUUUAGUAUUUAGUACUGUUUAUGAGAACCUGGAGUUGAGCAGUGUUUUAUUAAAGGGAUUUCAGCUGCUCUUAUGUUUUACUUAUCCUCCACACUGAGUGUGUAAGGGCUGACGGUUUGAUCCGGAGUGAAGUAACCAGGACAGAGCCGAGCUGUGGUGUUACUGCACUGGAGAAUCAUGCAGUGUUCUCCUCUGGGUUCUGAUCCAGCUGAAACUCCUGUGCCUUUUUC